UAAAACAAUUGCAGACUCGUUCAAACAACAGACAACAUGUACCAUUAAAUUCCACCCCAAAUUCUCAAAGCAAAUUCUGAAUUCUCCAACUAGUUUCCAUUCUCCUAGUCAACUCAACUCAAAACCCAGAUGAGAAUGAGAUAAUUCCAACUUUAACAAACACACACAAUUCAUCAUUCAAUGGAACACCCCAGAUUAGGGUUCCCCAUUACUCUUCUCUUAUUCUCCUUCAUCUUGUUACCUUCCACUUCACAAUCCAAAUGCACACAUGGCUGUGCUCUAGCUCAAGCCUCCUACUACCUAUUGAAUGGCUCCAAUCUCACAUAUAUUUCAGAAAUUAUGCAAUCCUCACUUCUUACCAAGCCUGAGGACAUAGUCUCCUACAACCAAGACACCAUAGCUAGCAAAGACAGCGUCCAAGCUGGCCAGAGGAUCAACGUUCCGUUCCCCUGCGACUGCAUCGAAGGCGAGUUCUUAGGCCACACAUUUCAGUAUGAUGUUCAGAAAGGGGACAGGUAUGACACCAUUGCCGGGACUAACUACGCGAAUUUGACCACAGUUGAAUGGUUGAGGAGGUUCAAUAGCUACCCGCCGGAUAAUAUUCCCGAUACCGGAACUUUGAAUGUUACGGUUAAUUGUUCUUGUGGGGAUAGUGGUGUGGGUGAUUAUGGGUUGUUUGUUACGUAUCCGCUUAGGCCUGGGGAGACUUUGGGGUCUGUGGCGAGUAAUGUGAAAUUGGACUCCGCGUUGCUGCAGAAGUACAAUCCCAAUGUGAAUUUCAACCAAGGAAGCGGCAUUGUUUAUAUUCCGGCCAAAGAUCAAAAUGGUAGCUAUGUGCUUCUGGGGUCCAGUUCAGGAGGUCUUGCUGGUGGGGCUAUUGCUGGAAUAGCUGCUGGAGUAGCGGUUUGUCUUCUGUUAUUGGCAGGUUUUAUAUAUGUUGGAUAUUUCCGGAAGAAGAGGAUACAGAAGGAGGAACUUCUUUCACAAGAGACCCGUGCAAUUUUUCCUCAAGACGGGAAGGAUGAAAAUCCCCGUAGUACUGUGAAUGAAACACCGGGGCCCGGUGGCCCUGCGGCCAUGGCAGGCAUAACAGUGGACAAAUCAGUGGAGUUCUCGUAUGAUGAACUAGCAACUGCUACAGAUAACUUUAGUUUGGCUAAUAAAAUUGGUCAAGGUGGUUUUGGCUCUGUCUAUUAUGCGGAGCUGAGGGGAGAGAGAGCUGCCAUCAAGAAGAUGGAUAUGCAAGCGUCAAAAGAAUUUCUCGCUGAAUUGAAAGUCCUUACACGUGUUCAUCAUCUUAACCUGGUGCGGUUGAUCGGAUAUAGUAUCGAGGGCUCCCUUUUCCUUGUCUAUGAAUUCAUCGAGAAUGGAAACUUGAGUCAACAUUUGCGUGGUUCAGGUAGAGAUCCACUGCCAUGGGCUACAAGGGUGCAGAUUGCUUUGGAUUCUGCAAGAGGUCUUGAAUAUAUUCAUGAGCAUACAGUGCCUGUAUAUAUUCAUCGUGACAUAAAGUCAGCAAAUAUAUUAAUAGACAAAAACUACCGGGGGAAGGUUGCUGAUUUUGGAUUGACCAAACUCACAGAAGUUGGAAGUUCCUCGCUUCCCACUGGUCGUCUUGUUGGGACAUUUGGAUACAUGCCACCGGAGUAUGCUCAAUAUGGAGAUGUCUCUCCCAAAGUAGAUGUGUAUGCUUUUGGAGUUGUUCUUUAUGAACUUAUUUCGGCUAAGGACGCAAUCGUCAAGACAAGCGAAUCUAUUACUGACUCAAAAGGCCUAGUAGCUUUGUUUGAAGGAGUUCUUAGUCAGCCGGAUCCUACAGAAGAUCUUCGCAAACUAGUGGAUCAAAGGCUUGGCGAUAACUACCCUGUUGAUUCAGUUCGCAAGAUGGCCCAACUAGCCAAAGCGUGCACACAGGACAAUCCACAACUGCGUCCAAGUAUGAGAUCCAUUGUGGUUGCCCUUAUGACACUUUCUUCAACCACUGACGACUGGGAUGUUGGCUCCUUCUACGAAAAUCAAAAUCUUGUGAAUCUUAUGUCUGGAAGAUAGGAUGGUGACAGUAAAGCAAAUAUUUGGCAUUUUCAAUCAUGUUUUUGGGUCAAAUUCUCACACACUGAGUAAACAGUGUUUGUAAAAUGAAUGUAGCAAGGGAAUAUUGACACAUAUUUCUGGUCCAGAUUCAGUACAAAGGGUGGAGGGAUUAACAAUUUUAUCAUAGUUGACAAUCAUUAUACACGAUUUGUUUUUUUUUUUUUUUUUGAUACAUGAGAGAUGUGAAUGUUUCUGCUCAGGUACAUAUAGUCAUGUUUGUAAAAUGAACUCUAUUUGAGGCCUCUUGUGCAUAUUUGUUAUUGUUCCAUAUGUUGUAUCAUUGAUAAUGAAGAAUUGCUACUUACAUAAUA